GAUGUUCAUUAAUUAAAAGUUAAUAUUUGUUCAAUUGUAAUGAAAUCAACGAAUAAUUUAAAUGAAACUGUACUUUGAACAAGAUUUGAAUUGCUUUUUUUAACAGUUACAUAAGAAUGACCAAUAAGAGAACUUGGAUGUACAAUGUUUCAAUUAAAACACUUAAAACUUUUAGUAUUUCUUUUUUCUUGUAGGAGUCUUAUCUUUUCUCGUGACAUGAUAAUAGUAUUUAUCAUUAAAUAGUAAUUUAAAACAUUGUGUUAUUUAGAACAAUAUUCCUGUAAAGUUUUUACAAUCUUUUAUACUGACAUUUAGAUAUAUAUAUAUAUAUAGUUAGAUAUAGUAGUACAAAUAAUUGUUUUGUACAUAUAACAUUAAUAAUUGUUUUAAAUUAUAUAUAUAUAUAUAAAAUUAUGUUACCACCAACUUAUGUCGAAGGUUUCCAUGAUCUGGAAACAAUUAAAGCAAUGGAAUAUAAUAAACUUGGGAAUACAAAUUUAUACGUCAGUAAAAUAUCUUUAGGUGGUGGACCAUUUGGUGUUCAUUAUGGUAAUUUUGAUGAAAAAGAAGCAAUUGAAACUAUACGACAAGCUAUAAAAGAAGGUGUAAAUUACAUUGACACAUCACCAUGGUACGGAGAAGGAAAAUCAGAAAAGAUUAUGGGAAAGGCAUUGGAAGGAAUUCCACGUCAAGCUUAUUACAUUGCAACCAAAGUUGGAAGAUACGAGUUGAAUGUUGACAAAAUGUUUGAUUUUUCACGUGAAAAAACAAGAGACAGUAUUAAAAAUAGUUUGAGUAAUUUAAAAUUGAAUUAUGUUGACAUUAUUCAGGUUCACGACAUAGAAUUUGCUCCAUCAUUGGAUGUAAUAAUUUCACAAACUUUACCGGAAUUAUUGAAACAAAUUGCUGAUAAAAAAGCCAGAUAUAUUGGUAUUACUGGCUAUCCCAUUUCUGUUUUAAAAGAAUGCAUUGAACGUAGCAAUAUUGAUAUUUCAUGUGUGUUAACUUAUUCCAGGUUUAAUUUAUUAGAUAAUUCAUUAAUCCAGUAUAUAGAAUUUUUUAAGAAUCAUAAUGUUGGUAUAAUUAAUGCCUCUGUACUUGCCAUGGGUCUUUUAACGAGCAAUGGCCCUCCAUCUUGGCAUCCUGCUAGUGAAGAAAUAAAAAAUACUUGUACUGAUGUUGCACAAUAUUGUAAGGAAAACAAUGUUGAUAUAAGCAAAUUAGCAGUGUGGUAUGCUAUGCAAUGUGAAGAUAUAUCAACGAGUUUGAUCGGUAUUCAAAAUAUGCAACAAUUAAUAAUGAAUUUAAACGUAUUUAGAAAUGGCAUAAUGGAUAAGGAAAAGGAAAUAUUAAAUUUCAUCAAAGAGAAUUAUUUAAAUCGAAUCAAAAUGAAACAUUGGGAAGGUGUAGAAUUAAAAAAAUACUGGCAGGUUAAAGGCGAUAAGACAAAUAAUAUUAUCUGACAAUAAUUUUCAAGUGAA